AUGAAGCCUGUGCUGCGACUGGCGCUUCUGAUGAGGGUCUCCUGGGCAGUUGAGCUCACACAGGAGAAUUGGGACGAACAGACGGCCGGGAAGACGGUCUUUGUGAAGUUCUUUGCUCCAUGGUGUGGCCACUGCAAGACGCGUGAUGAAGUCAAACAAGUUCUUGAUGCGUUUGUUUCUUUUUCCCUCAUGGAGGUUGAAGCAUCGCACAACAGUUUGGCAUGCCGUGAAAAAUCGUGGCCAGAACAGCUUUGGCAUAUUGCAUUAUUUAUAUAUAGGUAUCUAUCCUUUAUCUACAUAUUUACAUGUACAGUAAAUAGCUUCUCCAAGGAUGGCGGUCAAGAAUCAUUUCCUCACAACCAUGUCCACCAUCGUCCUUUCUUUCUCCUCAGUCCUCUCCAUGUUUUGCCAGAGAGCUCUUCUGCCUCACUAAGAUCAAUGAAGCCAGCCUGGGACCAGCUCAUGAGUGAGUACCAGGCAUGGCGACCCUCAUGA